UCAAGUUUCGUCCAUCAUGUCUGUGAGUGCAGAACAGAAGGAUUAUGUGAAAGCACCUUUAGAUUUUGAUCUAGAAGAUUCUCCCCUACCACAGCAGUGGAAAGACAGCCUUCGUUCAAAACUGGCCACCCGAGAGGGAGUGUUCUCCAGAGCAGAGAUGGACGUGGGGUGUUCUAAAAGUGCCACCAAUGCUAUAAGACUUGCUGAUCCUACUCCCUUCAGAGAAAGGUCAAGAAGAAUACCCCCUCGAGAUGUGGAAGAUGUCCGGGACAUACUCCAACAGAUGGAAGGAGCAGGCAUCAUCACAGAGUCCCGGAGCCCCUAUGCCUCACCUAUUGUGGUAGUGAGGAAAAAGAAUGGUUCCGUUCGGCUAUGUGUGGACUACCGUACUCUGAACAAGAGAACUGUGCCAGAUCAGUACACUUUGCCCCGAAUAGAGGAUCUUCUGAACGCCCUAUCUGGCAGCCAGUGGUUCAGUGUGCUUGACUUGAGGUCUGGAUAUUAUCAGGUACCUAUGAAGAAGGAGGAUCAGGAAAAGACAGCUUUCAUCUGCCCCUUGGGGUUCUUCCAGUUUACCAGAAUGCCACAGGGAAUCACAGGAGCUCCUGCUACUUUUCAGAGGCUGAUGGAGAAAACUGUGGGGGAUAUGAAUCCCAAAGAGUGUUUAGUGUAUCUAGAUGACCUAAUUGUUUUCGGGAAGACACCAGAGGAGCAUGAACAAAGAUUGCUAAAGGUGUUGGAUCGACUGCAAGCUGAAGGCUUGAAGCUAUCAGUGGACAAAUGCCGAUUUGCCCAGAACUCUGUCACUUAUGUGGGGCACAUAGUCUCCGCUGAAGGAGUAGCCACAGAUCCUGCUAAAAUUGAAGCAGUGUUGAAUUGGCCAAGACCAAAUAACAUCAGUGAGUUGCGGUCCUUUCUCGGAUUCUGUGGUUACUACCGAAGGUUCGUGAAAGACUACUCAAAGAUUGCUCGAGAGUUACAUGACCUGCUGAAGAUUACCUCUGACGUAAAGGGUGUUAAGGCACCAUAUCCUAAAGACCCCUUUGGAGAGAAAUGGACUUCAGGAUGUGAAGAUGCCUUUCUGACACUGAAGAAGAGACUUACAGAAGCUCCUGUCUUAGCCUAUGCAGACCCUGAGAAACCAUAUAUCCUCCAUGUGGAUGCCAGCAUGGAAGGCCUAGGGGGUGUACUGCACCAAAGUUAUCCAGAAGGAUUGAGGCCGGUGGCUUACAUAAGUAGAAGUCUUACAGGUGCUGAGAAAAACUAUCCAGUCCAUAAAUUGGAAUUUCUGGCACUCAAGUGGGCCAUCGUGGAUAAGCUGCAUGACUAUUUGUAUGGAGCAACAUUCGAAGUAAGGACUGACAACAAUCCACUUACCUACAUCCAGACUACAGCUAAGCUGGAUGCCACAGGACAUAGGUGGUUGGCUGCCUUGUCAAGCUACAGUUUCCGCCUGAAGUACAAGCCUGGGCCCAAGAAUAUCAGCGCAGAUGCCCUGUCCCGCAGACCUAGACUCCCUCCUCACCAAGAAGAAGAGUAUCAAGAAGAAUUUGCCGAGCUAAGGGGGAUAGACUCCAUUAGCCACUCUCCAGAAGCUGUGCCUGAGGUGUUCCAUGCUCCAGUCAUGCUUCAACAGUGGCCCAGUAUAACCACAGAAGACAAGAGGAAGGCUCAAGCGCAGGACUGGUAUAUUGGGAUAGUUAUCAGAGCAAUAAAGACUGAGAAUCCUAAAUUGCUGACUUCUCUACCUGUGAGUCAAAGAGAAUUAUACAGAAGAGAAUGGAGCCGACUACAUCUCGAAGAUGGAGUACUCUAUAGGGUCGUGAAGUAUCAUGAUCACCCCGAUAGAAAACAAUUGGUACUACCGCACAGAUACCGUGGCAUGGUCCUGAGAGCUCUCCACGAUCAACAUGGGCAUCUCGGGGUGGACAAGACCUAUGGCCUAGUACAAGAUCGGUUCUAUUGGCCUCGCAUGAGGGAACAUGUCGAGCAACAUGUAAAGACAUGCAUGAGGUGUAUCCAGAGGAAGACCCUGCCUGUGAGAGCUGCCCCUAUGGGUCAUCUGAAAAGUGCGGGACCCAUGGAUCUUGUGUGCAUGGACUAUCUCUGCAUUGAGAACGAUACAGCGGGAAUUGGAAAUGUGCUGGUGGUAACGGACCAUUUCACCAGAUAUGCUCAAGCCUUCCCCACUAAAGAUCAAAAGGCUGUGACUGUAGCCAAAGUCCUUUGGCAGAAGUAUUUUAUUCACUAUGGAUUACCCAAUCGGAUACACUCUGAUCAAGGUAGAGACUUUGAGAGUAAGUUGAUCAAGGAGCUGUUGGGCAUGUUGCAGGUGCAGAAGUCCAGAACCACACCUUAUCAUCCGGAGGGUGAUGCACAGCCAGAACGGUUCAAUAGGACCCUCCUAGAUAUGCUAGGGACUCUCAAGCAAGUCGAGAAGCGGUCUUGGAGUAAACAUGUGGAAGCCAUGGUCCACGCAUACAACUGUACAAGGCAUGAAUCUACAGGGUUCUCACCCUAUUUCCUAAUGUUCGGAAGAGAAGCUCGAUUGCCGAUAGAUGUCCGUUUGGGAGUGUCUCCUGAUGGAACAGAUUCAACUUCACACUUUCAAUAUGUGAGGAACCUCAAACAAAACCUUCAUCGGGCCUAUGAGUUGGCCACCCAAGCAGCAGCAAAAAUGGAAGAACGGAACAAAAGAAGAUAUGAUGCUAAGGUGAGAUAUCGGGAGAUUCAAGCAGGGGAUAAAGUUCUUCUCCGGAAUCUAGGUGUGCCUGGAAAACACAAACUGGCUGACAGAUGGAAGGAUACCCUGUUUGAGGUUGUGUCCAAACUGGACGGACUACCAGUGUACAACAUUAGGGGCCCGGAGGGCCGAAUAAAGGCUUGGCAUAGAAACCAUCUGCUUCCAGUUGUGUAUGCUGAUGAAGAGGAAGAGAGUAGUGAAGAACUGGAGGAAAACCCUACAGAGAGUCCUAGAAAUGGGGCAGAGGAGACCCCGGGGACUCCCAGUGCAGAGGAUCAGUGGUGGUCAUCACCCGCUGAAGAAACACAGCAAUUGCCUCCUUUAACUCCUGUGGUUUCACAAAGUCCCGGAACCUCUCCUGGGUCACUAAGUUCUCCAAGGUUGAAUCCAGAAAGUCCAUGUUUUGUGCCUGGAACUUCCCUUAGAGACUCUACUUCGAGGGCAGGAGUCGAAGUUCCACAGUUGAUGUCCCAAGAUCCUCUCCCCCCAGCGAGAACUGAGACACAGCACCAGAAAAUUCGACUGGGAAUAGAAAUGGCAACCGUCAGGGAUAUCCUGCAGGAUUCUGAAGGCCAAACUUACAUGUUAAUAUAUUGUCAUACGGACUUGGGAGACCACGAGAUGCCUACCAACAUUCAUUUAUAUGGAGCCCCGGAUGAAGGAUGCUCCUUAGUGUACGCUCUCCUUGAUAAGAAAGAAAGGGCCUCACUGCAACAACCCUUUAAAUUAGAACGGAAAGAUUAUGUCACAGAAAAUUAUUCUAAGCUCCUGACCCCCAUCUCUGGAAAGGCUGGAGCCAUUCAUAAACAAGCUGCCCAUCCUCCUAGAGGGCAGGGGAUGAUUACUCCUAAAGUAGAAUCUCAUCCACCUACAGCAUUACUGAAACCAGACAACCCUGAAGUACACACCCUGCCUACAGGAGGUAGUGAUGUAUCGGACAUACUACAGAAACUCUCAGAAGCCAUAGUGACGGCAAACCACACCCAUAGUUACCGCAAACUAAAGGUGUUUUCUGGGAAUCAGCCUGUUCCUGCAGGAGAAGAACCUUUUGAGGUCUGGAAGGAUAAUGCUAUGCAGUUGUUGGAGGAAUGGUCUUGUACGGAUACCAUAAAGAAACAGCGGUUGGUGGAGAGUCUUCGUUUUCCCGCUACAGACAUGAUAAGACUGUACAAGGGAGUAAAUGGGCAAGCUACUGUGCACGACUAUCUACAAGUUUUACAGGAUGCUUAUGGGAAAUCAGAAGAUUUGGAUGAUCUGUUGGUUAAGUUCCUAGCCACUAAGCAGAAGGAGCAUGAAAAAGCCACUGACUAUAUCAACCGGUUACAACUAUCGCUUGGAAAGUUAUUCCAUAAAGGAGCAGUCACUGCCCCUGAGUUGGAUGCUCGGCUAUCUAAGCAAAUUCAGAGAGGUGGUUUGACCAAUAAUCCAGUUAUGAUUCUGCUGAGAGCCAAAUUGGAUGAUAAAGUUCUGCCUUAUUCCACAUUAAUAAAUACAGCUAGGAGAAUGGAAGACCAGACGUGUCCACCCCUACAGAAGGAGAAAGAGGAUACAGAACUGUCAGCUCUUAGGAAGAAGGUGGCUGAAUUGGAGCUCUUAUGCAAAUCACCACCAAAGAGAGCAGUUUUUCCCCCUGGAAGUGGGGGGCAACACAGGAAGACUCAGAAAAAGCUGUUUCCUGAGGAUUCACCCCGCCGAGGGGACUGCUUUAAAUGUGGAAAGUCAGGGCAUUUUCAGCGGGAGUGCCCUGCGAAUUCCAUGGAGGUGCAUGUGGAGGUGCUGGCAACCGAGCUCGAGGAGACUCAAAUGACCAGGUCUUACAAGCGAAGGAAGACCCGGCCUACACAUAGUCUAUCUGUAGGGGCCAAGAUUGGGCCUAAAUCUUUGAUACACGUACAAGUGGAAGGAAUUCAUGCUUCAGCAUUGCUAGAUACAGGUUCUCAAGUCACCAUUAUCUACAGAGACUUCUAUGAACGUCAUUUGAAACACAUUCCUAUGGAACCUGCAGGAGAGUUUCAGCUAUGGGGCGUUGGGUCACAAGCUCAACCUGUGGAGGGAUGCAUAAAAGUGACCAUAACUAUUCCCCAGUUAAAUACCGGGAUGAUAUGUCCUAUGGAGCUGGAAGCUUUGAUAUGCCCUGCAGCCAAGAAAGUGUGUGCCCCAAUAAUAUUGGGUACUAAUGCAAAGAUGGUACAAGAUGUAUUCAGGGCCUAUCUGACAGAAGUGGGAGAUGUCUCCCUAGACCGACUUAUGGAGGUCAGCCCUGUCCUAGGAAAAGAGUGUCGACGACUAGCCCUUGAAACAAAACCAGGGUUGUGCCACUAUUCAGGAACAGAACCUGCAUUUGUGAAGCCUGGUGAGACUAAAACCUUACGAGCCAUAGCCUCAAUGCACCAUGAAAUGUUGGGGGGAACUGGACAAUACCUUAUUGAGUCUCUGCCUGAAGAGGAUCAGAAGAAGGGGUGGACUCUCAUACCUGAGAUAAAAGAUUGGCGAAAAAGGUGGUGUCGGAGCUUUCCUGUGAUGGUACAGAAUUUAACCCCCACGGAAAUCCGGAUUGAUCGUCAUCAAACGAUUGGUGCAAUACACCUUUUAGAUCAAGUUUCGUCCAUCAUGUCUGUGAGUGCAGAACAGAAGGAUUAUGUGAAAGCACCUUUAGAUUUUGAUCUAGAAGAUUCUCCACUACCACAGCAGUGGAAAGACAGCCUUCGUUCAAAACUGGCCACCCGAGAGGGAGUGUUCUCCAGAGCAGAGAUGGACGUGGGAGAAAGGUCAAGAAGAAUACCCCCUCGAGAUGUGGAAGAUGUCCGGGACAUACUCCAACAGAUGGAAGGAGCAGGCAUCAUCACAGAGUCCCGGAGCCCCUAUGCCUCACCUAUUGUGGUAGUGAGGAAAAAGAAUGGUUCAGUUCGGCUAUGUGUGGACUACCGUACUCUGAACAAGAGAACUGUGCCAGAUCAGUACACUUUGCCCCGAAUAGAGGAUCUUCUGAACGCCCUAUCUGGCAGCCAGUGGUUCAGUGUGCUUGACUUGAGGUCUGGAUAUUAUCAGGUACCUAUGAAGAAGGAGGAUCAGGAAAAGACAGCUUUCAUCUGCCCCUUGGGGUUCUUCCAGUUUACCAGAAUGCCACAGGGAAUCACAGGAGCUCCUACUACUUUUCAGAGGCUGAUGGAGAAAACUGUGGGGGAUAUGAAUCCCAAAGAGUGUUUAGUGUAUCUAGAUGACCUAAUUGUUUUCGGGAAGACACCAGAGGAGCAUGAACAAAGAUUGCUAAAGGUGUUGGAUCGACUGCAAGCUGAAGGCCUGAAGCUAUCAGUGGACAAAUGCCGAUUUGCCCAGAACUCUGUCACUUAUGUGGGGCACAUAGUCUCCGCUGAAGGAGUAGCCACAGAUCCUGCUAAAAUUGAAGCAGUGUUGAAUUGGCCAAGACCAAAUAACAUCAGUGAGUUGCGGUCCUUUCUCGGAUUCUGUGGUUACUACCGAAGGUUCGUGAAAGACUACUCAAAGAUUGCUCGAGAGUUACAUGACCUGCUGAAGAUUACCUCUGACGUAAAGGGUGUUAAGGCACCAUAUCCUAAAGACCCCUUUGGAGAGAAAUGGACUUCAGGAUGUGAAGAUGCCUUUCUGACACUGAAGAAGAGACUUACAGAAGCUCCUGUCUUAGCCUAUGCAGACCCUGAGAAACCAUAUAUCCUCCAUGUGGAUGCCAGCAUGGAAGGCCUAGGGGGUGUACUGCACCAAAGUUAUCCAGAAGGAUUGAGGCCGGUGGCUUACAUAAGUAGAAGUCUUACAGGUGCUGAGAAAAACUAUCCAGUCCAUAAAUUGGAAUUUCUGGCACUCAAGUGGGCCAUCGUGGAUAAGCUGCAUGACUAUUUGUAUGGAGCAACAUUCGAAGUAAGGACUGACAACAAUCCACUUACCUACAUCCAGACUACAGCUAAGCUGGAUGCCACUGAUCAAGGUAGAGACUUUGAGAGUAAGUUGAUCAAGGAGCUGUUGGGCAUGUUGCAGGUGCAGAAGUCCAGAACCACACCUUAUCAUCCGGAGGGUGAUGCACAGCCAGAACGGUUCAAUAGGACCCUCCUAGAUAUGCUAGGGACUCUCAAGCAAGUCGAGAAGUGGUCUUGGAGUAAACAUGUGGAAGCCAUGGUCCACGCAUACAACUGUACAAGGCAUGAAUCUACAGGGUUCUCACCCUAUUUCCUAAUGUUCGGAAGAGAAGCUCGAUUGCCGAUAGAUGUCCGUUUGGGAGUGUCUCCUGAUGGAACAGAUUCAACUUCACACUUUCAAUAUGUGAGGAACCUCAAACAAAACCUUCAUCGGGCCUAUGAGUUGGCCACCCAAGCAGCAGCAAAAAUGGAAGAACGGAACAAAAGAAGAUAUGAUGCUAAGGUGAGAUAUCAGGAGAUUCAAGCAGGGGAUAAAGUUCUUCUCCGGAAUCUAGGUGUGCCUGGAAAACACAAACUGGCUGACAGAUGGAAGGAUACCCUGUUUGAGGUUGUGUCCAAACUGAACGGACUACCAGUGUAUAACAUUAGGGGCCCGGAGGGCCUAAUAAAGGCUUGGCAUAGAAACCAUCUGCUUCCAGUUGUGUAUGCUGAUGAAGAGGAAGAGAGUAGUGAAGAACUGGAGGAAAACCCUACAGAGAGUCCUAGAAAUGGGGCAGAAGAGACCCCGGGGACUCCCAGUGCAGAGGAUCAGUGGUGGUCAUCACCCGCUGAAGAAACACAGCAAUUGCCUCCUUUAACUCCUGUGGUUUCACAAAGUCCCGGAACCUCUCCUGGGUCACUAAGUUCUCCAAGGUUGAAUCCAGAAAGUCCAUGUUUUGUGCCUGGAACUUCCCUUAGAGACUCUACUUCGAGGGCAGGAGUCGAAGUUCCACAGUUGAUGUCCCAAGAUCCUCUCCCCCAGCGAGAACUGAGACACAGCACCAGAGUGCGGCAACCCCCUAGGACCCUAGUUUAUGACAAUAUAGGAGAGCCCAGUUAUGCCCCGCUGACACAAGCCGCAUCUAAAAUGGCCAUUUUCCUACAUGCACUAGCUGAAGUGAGCGGAGAUUUCAGAAUCAUUCAAAGCGCAAUAGAAUUUUGGACAAAUUCAAAGUGGUACGUUUUCAAAAGAGAAUUGUUUUCCUUCAUCAGAAUCAGCAUUGUGUAUGACUUGGAUCAAGGUAGGCAAUGUUUUUGA